AUGAUAUCAGAGGAGUUACCAGAGGUAUCCGUACCAGCUGUUGAUGUAUCCGAAUUUGUAGUAGACCAGCAAAAUAAUAUUGAUACCAAGUCAACAGAGGAUAAGAUAAUAGAUGAUUGUUUGCUUAAGCAAACACUGAUGCUAGAGCAAACCCAGCUUGAGCAGUGUAAGCCUGAUAGCAAAACAAAUAAUACAGUACCAGAGAUUUUGCGAGAUAAGAAGAAUACUCAGUUUUUAGAAAAUUCUAAUAACAGUCCAUUAUCUAAAUCAUGUAAUGCUUCUUCUAGCUUCGAAUGUGAUGAGAGGGUGGGGAAAAUUUCCUAUAAUCUGAAAGUAGAACAAGACUUGAGAGACAAGUUAUCUGCUUAUAUGAAAGGUAAGGGAUCUGCUUCACAGAGUGGAGAUAAAAUAUUUGAUAUACAGAUUCCCGAAUUUUCCUUAGAAGCAAUUCUGACAGGAUCUAAUAAAGUUACAUUACAAGUCAUAGUUAAUCUAUUUAAUAUAGCAAUGAAGGCCAGACGAAAGGAGAUCUUAUGCUGGUAUUGUUACUAUAAGGCAUAUGAGGAUCGAGUUAGGGAUGUUAAGUCUAAGAAUGGUAUUGAUGACAAAUCAGCAAGAACAUUGGUAUAUA